GAACAUUUUUAAUGCGCUUUCAUUCUGCAGAAUCUCUUUCUGAGCUCUGAGCGGCUUCUUCUCAAGACGGAUCACUGAAAAGCGGAUCUUGCAGGCUUCCUCCGUUUCCUUUUCUCUCCCCCUGAACUGAAGCUUUGAAGCAAUCAUCUCUCAGUCAGCCACCAGGUGUGUGCCGCCUUUGAUUUCUUUCUCUGUGUUUGGAAUUGAACCCUGUAAUCCCUAAAGAAAAGGAAGCAUCACCUGCAGGAACAGCUGUAGCCACUGGGAUUCCUAGCCCGUAUUAACAGCCAGGAGCGUGAUCAAGCCCAAUCCCACGGUGUCAUAAUGGCAGACGGCAGACAGCCAGAGGAAAGCACGCCACAGUGGGCAGCACCAGGGACUCGCAGCGACACCUCCCCCCACCCCCACACCCCACCCGAGUACAAGGAGCAGCCUCCCGCAGCAGCCCCCAGCGAGAAUGGCUUCUCCUCCUACAGGGACUGUCCAGCAGGGGGGGCACCAGCUGCAGCCUCCUACCCUGCCACCAAAGAGAACGGCUUCAAUGGAGACCUGGCAUCAGGGGGCACGGUCACAACGGAGCAAGUGUCAGCGAGGAUAGUUCAAGAGGUGACAGCUGAAGCAGUCGCGGUCCUGAAAGGAGAGCAAGACAUAGAGUUGCAGCACAAGGACACAGCGAAAAGGCUGCCCUCAGUUGAAGACUCCAAUCUACCACCCUCCCCUCCCCCGUCUCCUGCCUCAGGACAGAUCGGACCUCUGAAGGAAGAUGUAGGGGAUAAGGAGAAGGCUGGCCCUCUCCGACGGUUCCAAAAUUCUCGGGAGAGGUGCAAGUUCCUAGCCCCCUCCAUCUCGGUUUCUGUGCCUGACGAUGAUCCCUACCACUCAGAUGACGAGUACUAUGAUCACCCCUUAUUCAGCUCCGAGUGGACUCACUCUUGCACACUCCCCAGUGGGGAAGAUGCCUUGUUUAGUCUGAUUGAAGUAGAAGAAACUGUAGAGAGUCCUUCGGCAGCCGACGAGGAAAAGCAAUCAGCCGCAGCAGCUGAGCAUGGGCCCGAUGCUAUUGAGCACUUAGAGCAGGCAGAGCUAAAAAGCGAGGCCCAGGCUCAGCCCUGUCCACAGGCCGAGGCAGCUAGUGAAGCGCGCGUGCCGACAGCGGCACCCAACGGGAGAGGUGACGAGGCAGGGGAGGGGAAAACCCCUCAGGAAGCCCUGAAGAUGGACACAAAGAGCCAAGGGGGGGCAGUCAGCGGUCAAGCGCCUACCCUCGACUCGGACCUCAAGCAUGCUGAGAGGUCAGAGGAGAAAUCUAAUGUGCAGCCUAAAACUGAAGCCCAAACAACUCCACCUUCAGAGAAGGACAACAAGGAAGACCAUGCUCCAACUCCUCAGUCCAAGGAUUCAGAAACCCUCCCUUUGAAAGGUAUAGAGACACCUGCUGUGACUGAGCCACCCAAAGCUGAGUCAGGUCCAUCAGGGUCCACUGCUUCUUCAGCAGAAGGAGAAAUCCAGUCUGAAUAUGCCACAAAACCAUUGUCUAAAGAAUCAGAUAAAUGCACUGACGUUGUAAAAGAUUCUAAUGAGAUUCCUGCAAAUACUGCAGAGAAGUCAGAUAAAACUUACCCAGAGGACCAGAAAGUAAACCUCACUGAUGUUUCCCAAACCAAAGACACCCCAGCUGACAAACUUCCAGGAGACAUGGAUGUACCAAGCAGUCCAAAACCACAGGCUCCAGAUAGCCAGUCUACAAAAGACAAGCCUCAAGAGUUAAUCGCUGAGCCACGUUUGACAAAGACCGGUGCGAGCAGUUUAGACAAAACAGAAGUUACCAAACAAGACAAAGAUGUUAAACCAGAUGCAUUACAGGCUGUAGACCUUAGUAUGAAAAAGGAAGCAGUCAUUAUCUCACAAGAGGCAGCUUCUAGUAAAGAAGAGCAUUCUUCUGUUAAAACACAAGAGAAGAAAGAGGACAAGAAAGAGGUUAAGUCUGAAAUUGACAUUUUCCGUGCAGCAGAAAAUGAAAGCAAACUGGUUUUGGAUCCAAAGAAAGAACCUGAGAAACAGGGAGCCUCUAGUUUCAAACCCUCUGAAUCUUCUGAAGACAAGAAGGAUACAGAUGUCAAACAGCCCCAAACUUCUCUUGCGGGUGCACCAGAUAGCAAAUUAAAGGAGGAAGCCCCCACUGAAGUUUUACCAACAGACCAGACAGGGAAAGUAGUUGAAACAAAGCAGGAGCCUGCAGAGAAAGAAGAAACCCAAGCAAUCAUCCAGGAGAAGGAGAUAACUAAGGCUAAGAUUCAACCAGCCUUGCAUGACAAAGAUGAACCCUCCAGUGCUUUGGAUCUACAUUUAAAAAGCACGGAAAAGGAUAAAUCAGGAAUGUCAGCCUAUUUUGAGACAUCUGCCUUGAAAGAGGAAGAGGCAAAGGCUGAUGCUCAGCAAGGGGAAGGCUAUUACGAGUUGAGCGAUGCAAGGGAGAAAGCCUCUGAGUCUUUUCAGGGGGUGAUUGAUGAAUCUGAUGCAAGUGGAUUGAUGGAGACGUUCCAAAUUGCUGGUGAUAUUGCCUCAGUCCAGGAAAUAAGCUAUAGCACACUGGCCCAGACUCAAGAUGUGAAACCAGCAGUGGACAAACCAGACACCCUGAAAAGCCCUGUGAAGGAGGAGCUGAAAACCCUGCCAAUGCUGGAGAAGAAGGAUGAAGGUCGUUUGAGUGUAGGCAGGUUGUCGCUGGAACAGAGAAGCUACUCACUGAACAUACCCAUAGCUUCCUUGGAAUCACUGAACCAAGGUGGAGGGCAUGGUCGCCCAAGGACCUUUUCACCUCUGGCUUCAGACAUUCUAUCCUUUACCAGUGGUAGUCUAGAUGAGCCAACAGACUACCUACCAGUUACCACGCCUGCUGUAGAGAAGCAGCCAGUUUUCCCUCCUGUAAUUCUGGAAACCACAGAUGCAGACUCCCCUUCAUCCCUACCCACUGGUGAAAGCAAACCAAGCUCCCAGACAGAAUCACCCUCAGAGUCCCAGUUCCAAAUGAAGGACUAUUACAAAAAUGGCAGUGUGAUGGCACCCGAUUUGCCAGAGAUGCUAGACUUGGCAGGUGCCAGAUCCAGACUGACUUCUGAGAGCGCAGAUACUGAGCUGAUUAGAAGAAAGUCAGUUCCUGCUGAUAUCCCAACCCUGGUGGGAGACACCUUGGCUCAGCUUGUUAUAGUGGACAUGAGUCAGAAGGCAGCUAGAAGUGAGAGCCAAGAAGAGAUUGGCUACUGUGUUUUCAGUGAGUACACUGGUCCUAUGCCCUCACCCGCUGAUUUGCACAGCCCACUGGGCUCACCUCUCCAAAUCUUCACCACACCAGUUUUAGAGGAGUACAAGGAAGAAGUUAUGAAAGCAACUGAGUGUAUGGAUACUCAGGCAGAGCCUGCUGAGAAGGGAGUUCUCAUGGAAGAACACAAAGCAGAAGAGACUAGAAAGGAAGAAACAACAGAGGACAAAGAAGUGAAAGAAGAUUCUUCUAAAGUAGAACCACUUGAUCAACAUGACGGCUCCUGUGAAACCAAGGGAAGUGUAACCGUGGAAGGGGCUAGUAAAGAAAGCAGUAAAGCAGAGACAGAUACACAAGCUGGUGUUUCAGGGAAUGAAGAAGAAAAAGAAAGCAAACAAGAUCUCCCAGGUAAGCCUAAAGUAGUUCCUGAUGUCAAAAGGCAGACUGUUUCUGAGGUUGAAGAGCAAGAGAUGCCAAGUGAAGACCAGAAAGAGGAGGUUAAGAAAGGUACUGAUGAAGUGCAGCCAGACAAGACAAGUCAAGAGGCCAUCCCUGAGCCUCAACCGAAAGCUAAACCUUUAGAGGAGGUCAUACCUGAGGGUAUGAAGCCUGAACAUUCAGCAGAGGAAAAGACAGAGGUGAAGGAUGAUUCCAAAAAAGAUCUAAAAGCAGAGGGUGAGUCCGAAAAAGAACAUCAACCAGAUUCUGCUUCUGAAAAAGAACUCAAAUCAGACACAGAUUCAGAAAAAGAACCACAACUCGAGUAUAUGCCUCUGAGCUUAGCUGAAGGGCAAGAACUGCUAGAAACAAAAGAUAAAAUGAAAGACAAGCCAGACUUGGUGCACCAGGAGGCCUAUGAAGAAGUGGAUGCAGAAGAUGCCUAUCAGCUCAUGGGUGUUCUCGGCUGCAGUGAGGAAGGAGGUGCGAAGCCUAAACAUGUGAAGCAGGUACCAUCUGUAGAGGUAACAAUAGAGGUGUAUGAAGCUGCAGAGUCAAAGCAGACAGUUGAGGAAAUGCCCCCAACAACCAAGAUAGCUGAGAAAGAGAGGCCAGAGGAAGCUCCUCUUGAGCCUGUACUGGCUGUUGAACCUGAGAGGCCAGAGGAAGAGAGGCCAGGGGAAGCUCUUCUUGAGCCUGUACUGGCUGUUGAACCUGAGAGGCCAGAGGAAGAGAGGCCAGAGGAAGAGAGGCCAGACGAAGCUCCUCUUGAGCCUGUACUGGCUGUUGAACCUGAGAGGCCAGAGGAAGAGAGGCCAGAGGAAGCUCCUCUUGAGCCUGUACUGGCUGUUGAACCUGAGAGGCCAGAGGAAGAGAGGCCAGAGGAAGCUCCUCUUGAGCCUGUACUGGCUGUUGAACCUGAGAGGCCAGAGGAAGAGAGGCCAGAGGAAGAGACUCUUGAGCAUGUACUGGCUGUUGAACCUGAGAGGCCAGAGGAAGAAAGGCCAGAGGAAGAGACUCUUGAGCAUGUACUGGCUGUUGAACCUGAGAGGCCAGAGGAAGAGAGGCCAGAGGAAGAGACUCUUGAGCAUGUACUGGCUGUUGAACCUGCUCCAGUAACUUUGGAAGCUCGGGCCAUGGAAGCUGUGGAACAGAAAGAAGAAGAAGGUGGCUUUAUAGAAGAUGCUGUAGAAGUGGGUGAAGAACCAAAAGAGGUUCUGGAGGAAAUCAAAGAAAUCGCCCCUGUAAUGCAGGAAUCUACAGAGGAUGUGGAUGCUGAUCAAGCACUUGAAACCAGGGGGGCUAUAGAAUCGGUUGUCACUGUGGAAGAUGAUUUCAUUACAGUAGUCCAAACUAUUGAGGAGGGUGAUGACUCCUGCCACAGUGUGAGAUUCUCUGACCCAGUUGAGGGAGCGGUCUUGCAGGAUGCCACUGAAGAUGAAGAUGGGCAAGCAGAGGUGGCUGAAGAAGAAGAGAUUCAGGCUGCAAGUCUGGAGGAGCUUCCUGUAGCUCCCUCCUCUCCAGAGAAGGAAGUCCCUAUAUCAGAAUGUAGAACAGAGACUUAUGAUGAGUACAAGGAUGAAACAACCAUCGAUGACUCCAUCUUGGAUACCGACAGCGCUUGGCAGGACGCUCAAGAUGAUGACAGGAGCAUCAUGACCGAAAAGAUCGAACCUCUCCCCAAAACUGAGAGCCCUAAAAUUAGAAGACCCUCUGUGGAAAAACACGCAAAGGACAAGGCACUGAGCAGGGGGAAAGGCAGAGUGUCCACCCCUGAAAGGAAAGCGGCCAAAAAGGAGCCCAGUAUGGUCCCGAGGGACGACAUGAAGAAGAAAAAAGCAGUGUUUAAGAAGGCCGAACUUACUAAAAAAUCUGACAUUCAGACCCGGUCUCCUUCCCGGAAAAUCCCAUUAAAACCAUCGGUCAGGUACCCUAGACCAGCUCACCAUCAUUCCUCUGCUAAACGGAAACCGACAGCGGUCGCAGCUGCCGAAGGUAGGCAGCCCCUCAGCACUGCAAGACAAUCCAGGGACAAGAUCGCUAACUCAUCCUCAUCUGCUCUAACAAAGAUUCCUACCACAAAAGAGCGAGCAGCAGCAGCCUUCUUCCCUCCGAGACCCAGCUCAGCUUGCUCGCUCACAGAGAACAAAUCUUACCUUAAGUCAGAGUUUUACUCUGUCCGGCCCUCUUCUGCAGGGUCCAGGGACUACAAUAUAAACGAUACAGUACAGGAUGGCACCACGCAGAGCCCUGAGAAGCGCUCUUCCCUGCCCAGACCCUCCUCCAUCCUGAUCUCGCGCCGAGCUGGCCCUGCCGAUCAUGAGGAGAGCUCCACCUCCAUCACCAGCUCCGGCUCCACCGCACCAAGACGCCCCACAUCGAUUCGAUCUGAAGGACGAGCUGAGCAGAGGGCUAGCCGAAGCGGAGUGGCAGGUACUGAUCAUGCUCGCUCCAGAUCAGCACGGAGUGGAACCUGCACUCCAAUUACCCCGGGCUCUACAGCCAUCACACCCUGCACCCCGCCCAGCUACUCCUGCCGCACCCCUGGGACCCCAGGCACCCCCAGCUACCCCAGGACCCCCCGCACACCUGGCACCCCCAGAUCCAUGAGCCUGGCACGCCAGGAGAAGAAGGUGGCCAUCAUCCGCACCCCACCCAAGUCGCCCGCCACCCCCAAACAGCUGCGCCCCCUGAACCAGCCCCUGCCUGACCUCAAGAACGUCAGGUCUAAGAUUGGCUCCACAGAUAACAUCAAGUACCAGCCGAAGGGGGGGCAGGUUCACAUACCAAGUGUAAAAGUUGAUUUUAGCCACAUUCAGGCUAAAUGCGGCUCCCUGGAGAAAAGACAAUAUUCCCCUACAGUUGGAAAUAUACAAAUUCAGAGCAAGAAGAUUGAUCUGAGUCAUGUGACUUCAAAGUGUGGAUCUCUCAGCAACAUCCGCUACAGGCCAGGUGGUGGAAAUAUUAGGAUUGAAAGUGUGAAAUUGGAUUUCAAGGACAAGGCUCACGCAAAGGUGGGCUCUCUGGACAAUGCCCGCCACACACCUGGAGGGGGUCAAAUACAGAUUGAAAGCCACAAGCUGUCCUUCAGGGAGUCAGCGCGGGCCCGAGUGGACCAUGGAGCGGAGAUCGUGACUCAGUCCCCGGGUAUGUCGGGGUCCACCUCCCCUCACCACCACAGCAACGUCUCCUCCUCGGGCAGCAUCAACCUGCUGGAGUCCCCGCAGCUCGCCACCCUCGCUGAGGAUGUGACGGCCGCGCUGGCCAAGCAGGGCUUGUGAGCACCUCCCUGUGUCCACUCUGUCUGCCCAGCAGUGCAGCGUAUUCAUGAUUUCAAACAACAGCAAGCUAUCUUCAUCAUUCCUUCAUGGUACAGCAUGACAGUUACCGGGACCCUGCUAAGCAUGGCUCCCGAUUAUUACUCAAAAGAUUAUUAAAAAAUAAGUGAUCACCACUUGUGACUGUGUCCUAGAAAAACAAAAAACAGGUUUUCUUUUCCAAUCAUGUCAGACAGACAAAGCACUCCUGACUUUUUUGUUUUGUUUUAAAUGGCUACAAAGUGAUGCUAACAUCCCACACAGUAAAUGUUGUUGCUCAGCUCUAUAUUGCAUUGACUUAUAAACAUACAUCUUACAACUGCAAUAGCGCAGUUCACGCUAGUCCGGGCAACAUUGAUACACCUAAAUAUAUAUGGAGAACCCCAAUUAUAACUUAUUAUUGCAAGAAUUAAAUGGUAUGAUGAGCAUGUAUGAACUCUAGUGCAAAAAAAGAGGUUAUUUUUUAAAAAGAAACGUUUAGUAAGUUAUUUACUGAAUUAUUGGAUAUGGGAAAAUACUUCAUGUUUUGUAGAUAUUAGUGAUUAUGAUACACACAAACUGUGCUCGUCUUGUGCUCACAAUAGGUCCAUGUUUUAAUUGUAUCUCAGAGAAAAGAAGUGAAAAUGUACAGCAGUGCUGUAUUAUAAUUCUCCAAGGCCCUUUACAGCUGUAUCAGAGUAUUGUUGUAAUUAAUAAUUGCAGCGCUUCAUGAUAGAAAUCUUCCAGAAUUAGAACCCUCUAUUAAUACCAAACAUGUAUUUAAUUAAGCAGUAUGAGACAGUGCACAGCUUCUCACAAUAUCAGCAUGUUGGUUUUGGGGAUAGGUAUCCCAUAAUGGGAUAUCCUCUCCCUGAAGACUUUUUCAAAACUCCAGUGUUAAUAUCUAUAAUGGGAGCUCCGGUGCAACAUUAACAUUGGGUUGCUGCAGCACCAUUAGAAUACCAUCCCCGAUCCUCUUUUGAGUAUUACACUGUGUUAAACCUGAGCUUCAGUGGUCAGGAAAACAGAACUUACCUGUGUGUGUUUUAAAAGCAAUUUGCUUUUUAAAAAUGCAUGAAUGCAUGCAUUGCAACCUGCGAGAAUUUUAAUUUAAUUUAUCUUUUUAUAUGGCAUUUGGGCCUAUUGAAUUCUUUGAAGCAGGUAUGGUUUUGAAACCCUGUCUGUGUUUAUUUCAGAGUACAUUUAAAAAUGGACCUUGAAUUGUUGAGGGUUUGUAGUCAUAUAAUUAAUCUGUUUAAAGAAUUAUUAUUUGAUCCAAUUUAACUUAGGGAGCAUUUCAAAUCUGUGUCUGUUCAAAUAACAGUUAGAACUCUAGGUUUUUGUGUAUAAACUUUAAAAAAAAAAACCUUACAGAAAAACAUGGAGAAUCACACUUGUCUCUCAUCUGUUUGAUACAGUGUUAUAGUAUAUUUUUCUCUGUGGCCAUUUGUGGUAUCCCCUAUAAUAUACCUAAUGUUUCAUUAACCUUCUCUGCGCAGUAUUGUGUUUCCUGCACCUUGAAGUUUCCACUGUUUAUUUUUCACUGUUGGUCAUGUAGAUGUAUGCAGUUUUCCCCUGUUUAAAAUAUAUAUAUAUAUAUAUAUAUAUAUAUAUAUAUAUAUAUAUAUAUAUAUAUAUAUAUAUAUAUAUAUAUAUAUAUAUAUAAUACUUGCUCUUGGGGAAAAAAAAAUGAGCAUGAAGUGCUUUCUGUAACAACCAAAAGCAGUGACCUGCUUUUAGUGCCGGAUGUUUCUGUAAUGCUAGCUAAACACAUUAUUAAAAAAAAACAAGUACAAUGUAAAUCGCGUGGAAGAAAGCUUCUGAUGUUACCAGAGAAGGUGCAGAACUUGCAGAGGUUGCCGUUCGUUCGAUGAGACUCUGAAGCAACAAGCAUGUCAGGAAUCGGGGGACAGAGCUUUGCUUUGCUGAAGUCGAACUACUGAACUGAGCCAUGCUGCUUUUCCAACACGUUUACAUCCAGCAAACGCUUACAUUAGGAAGCUGUAACAAGGACUCCGUGAGAUUUAACAGCUUUUCUAUAGUGUUAACCUAUUAAUGUCUGCAAAACAGUCAGAAACUUGGUUUUUAAAGGUAGGAUGUUUAACAGCACAGCACACACACACACACGCAUGCAUACACACACAUGCACACACAUACACACACACGCACGCGCGCACACACACAGGAUUGCUUGCAAUCAGAAUUUGUCCAGAUUUACUUUGACAAGGAGAAUUCAGUCUAAUAAGUUUAAGCAAAAAGACGUCCCUUAAUUCCGGUUGGUUCAUACAAGCAGUGUCCCUUACUGAUACAGGUAUAACAGGACAUAAAAAUGUGGGCCUCUUUUAAUAGCUUUUAGCAGACCAGAGAAGUCGUUCAAAUCUGCACUCACUGUAGCCUUGUGCAGCCCAUGUUAGAUCUCAUUAACCCUAACCCAUAACCCUGCUCAAUCAGUAUAGUUGUGUUUUAUAACUGGCAUAUGGAGUGAAGUGUGGCAGUGGGAUUCAGUUUCAGUUUCGUUCCUGAUAUGUGGACUGUACAGUCCUAGGGAAUUGGAACUAAGCACUGCAUUCAAUUUAUUUCAAUGGGGUAUUAGCGCUGUGUGCUUUUGAACUAGACUUCAUGAUUACUGUAGUUUAGUAACUAGAUAUUGCAGCCUGAGAAUUGUUUAGAGUGUGAUGUCUGUGUUUUAUAUAACUGGAGUGUGUGAUAGCUGCAGCAGCACCUCUUGAAAUACUUGAAAAUAGGGGUCCUGUUAGAAUGUGAGAUGUUACUAAAUGCUUGCUAGUAGUUUGUAUGCUAUGUAUGGAGAGAUUGUAGAUAGAAUUGUACUUUUAUUUAGUGACUGUAAUCUAUGAACCAUUCCAGUCCCAGUUUGACUUGUUUCACAGUAAAGCAUUAAAACAGGCAGACUUGGUAUGUAUACAGAAGCUAUGUAAGGAAAGCACUAUUCCUAACUGAAUGCAUUUUAAAGAUAGACGAGAAAUAUAAAGGAAAAUAAAGCAGGUCUUUUACCAUUUUUACGAAAGCAAUCCAUCUUAUAUUUGAUAACGCUUUUAUAUAUGAAAAGUUCGACUUUGGCAAAGCAGUAUUAGAUUUACAGCUGGGGCCGGAUUUAUAGAGCAUUAGAAACCUGAUGAGUGCAGUGUAGUCCCCAUGGGUUGUUUUUCUUCACUCUUGUGGGUAUUGUAUGAGUGUCCCUGACAGUUUAUCAGACUUGUUUAAUAUUUAUUUUCCUUAAAGGAUUGAUAACCAUCACCAACAUUACCAUUGGCCCACAUACUGUUGUGUUUAUGAUAAUUUAGAUUGAAAAGUUUGCUGCUUUCUGGACCCUUAUCACUUCCCCGUACAGCAAGCUCUGUGGUCUGUACAAUGGAAGUGAGGGUACAGCACAGGACGUGACAAGAUACUAGGAAGCAAAGGUUUAUACUUUUAAAAAAAAGCGUAUAUCCCCUUUUAAAAUUAAAAAAGGGAGAAGAACAAAAAGAUCUUUCCCACAGGGGUCAGUGAUUAUAUUGCUCAGACUAGUAAAGAAAUCAGAAAAUUGAUUUUAAGGCUGUGCAUAUCGUUCCUUUAAGUAGUGGGUAAUAAUAACAUAGCAACCGCUGCAAUACUAGAAACAAUCCUCGUCCACUGCCCAGCAUGCUGCAGCUGUAAAAUCGACCCCUGUGUGCAGACUCCCACUUGUGGAGUACAAAAGGAUCUCGUUGUGCUUUUAAGAAUCUUUCAAUGUCUGCAUCCUUCUGUUCUGGAGCCUUCUGGUAUUCUCUGGUGGGCUGGUGGUAGCUAGUUCUUUUACCAUCCCAUUUGCACUUGUAUUUGUUGCUGUAUAGUGAGUGUUUUGCAAAAUAAAAAUGCUUCUCUGUA